AUGAAAAUACCUGGCAUUCAAUUAAACAGACUAAUAGAAAUAUUUCGAAUCAAGGGUGAUGCGCACACAGUAACUCCAUUAUUUGGAAUUAAGGCAAUCAAGAAUGAUUCUCAGUCAUUAAGAGCAGCCGUAGUGACAGGCAAAAAGAAUGUGAGUAAAUUAGCUGUGGUGAGAGCAAGGAUCAGACGAAGGCUGACACAUGCUUUGGCGACUGUCUCUCCUCAAUAUCCAGAAUUAAAAGGCUAUGACCUUGUUAUCUAUGGUAAACUGGCAGUAUAUAAUGAACCUUGGCCAAAUCUCAUCAAGGAAAUUAACUUGUCAUUGUCAAAAAUACAAAGAAAAAUCACAGUGAAAUAA